AUGAAACAGAAAUUGCAGCAUUAUUUCAACCUUUUGAGGGGACAAAAUAAACCUCAACAAUACGUGUGCAUAAACUGUGGAAGUCCGGUGCAAGAGUUGUACAAAAGAAUCAGCUCGACCGUGCUUAAAAUUACGGAAUGUGAAAAAUGCAACCACCCUGCGGACAAGUACAUCGAGUUCGAGGUGCUCAUCAUCCUGAUCGAUCUGGUUCUGCUAUCGAAGCCCGCCUACCGCCACAUCCUGUACAAUUCGGACUGCAAAAAUCUGUGGAAAAUAGGCAUAAUCUUGGUGCUGCUGGAGGCGUACUGCCUGUGGACCGAGGCCUUCAGCAGAUUCACGAACGUACGCUACCGCUCGGACCACGCCGACCCGUUCCUCGCGGAGAAGGGCUUCUACGUUUCGUUGGCGCACAUUUUCAUUGGGACGAUACUGCUGUACCUGUUUCUGUAUCUGUUCACCCGAAUCCUGCACCGCGUGGACGUCGGCCAUGACACGGGCAAACCUUACCCGAUGGCCCUGCUGCACGGAGUGGUUCUGGCGAGCAUCGGGAAAUUCUUCUUCAUUCCCAUCAUCAUCUGGAAGCAGAACACGUCCGACCCGGGAAUGGCCAUCCACAUCAGCCUUGUGGUGGCUUACUUUGUGAUUUCGCUAACGCAGAUUCAUUCCGUGAUCAGUGGCUGCACGCGGACACGGUCGGCCGUCAUCGUACUGCUGGCAUUCAUCGUAAAGACGUACUUUCUAACGGAAAUCAGUGCAUUCCUAAACAGUUUAAUGUAAACUCUCUUAUGACUCUUAAUAACUAAACUGACUAUCACAAAUGCGUUUAAUUUCGGCUAGAGUUUCACUAAAGCUAAGGUUUAACUGACUUCCAUCCACAUGAUU